GUAUGGCUACUUUAGACGACUACCGACGAUACGUGACAGAGAUUAACGAAUACGCCGCGGCGAAUGGAAUAUCAACCGCGGAAACCAAUGAAAUUUUCGAACAAUGUUUUUACACGUUGGACGUGAAGUUUUCAAAAAAAGUGUCUCUUUUUCGAAAAAUUUUUCGCCUUUGCCGAAAUUUAUUGACCGUUAUAUUUAUACUUAUAUUUUGCGUUGUUCUUCUUUACAAUCAUCAAUCAACCCACAAAAUUGUAUUGAGGAAUAUUCAAAACUUUAUUUAUCCGGGUUUGAAGCUCUUGAGAACAAUUGCUGUUCCCAUCAUUAAACGAUUUCCAUCAUUGACUGAGUUUUACGACGAAUGGUGCCUUGUAGAAAAUCCAUAUUUUCGAGUUUCUGACAUGGAUUGUUGGCCUUGCAGUUCAGUUCGCUCAAUUCCAGAUCUCACAGGCCGUAACAUUAGUUCCGAAUUCAAUAUUGGAAUUCCUUAUACCAGACAAGAUAACCAAAUCCCAGUGAAAACAGGAGAUUUAUUGGAAAUGUAUGAACAAAACAUGCAUAUUUUUGACAAUGAUGCAAAUAGAGUAUUUUCUAACAAUGCAUCUUACAGAACAAUUAAGGACGUAUUUGAAAAACGAUUGGAUAAGUAUCCGACUGUUCAACUGGAGACUCACAUACUAUGGAGAAUAUUGAGAAUGGAGCCGGGAAGAUUGAUAAGAAAGCUAUUUCCACGACCAAUGAGUGUACCCAAAAUUUGGAGCCAGAGUACAGAAAAAUUUGUAUUCAUUGAUGAACCACUAUCGCAAAUAUAUCCUUUGCCAAACCCAGAAUGCAGCAAUGUUGUCCUCAAAUGUUCCAGUGGUUCGAGACUUAUUAAUAUGGUUCCCAGUUCUGAGUGUUCGCACAGUUGUAAAUCGUUUACAAUAUUAUUGUCUGCUGGACAAACCUGUUGUCACUUUGAAAACUUUUCAUGGGAAUUUCCGCUCGAACAAGUGAUUUUUCCAUUUCAUAUAUUUUUUAUUACCAUGUUAUUUUUAUUCUCUUUUUCACAUUUCAGUGUGGUAUAAUUGGUGGUACUGGAGGCCUUUGAGCAUUCCAACGGUGAAUUCGACUGAUAUUAGCAUUAAUUAUCUUAUAUCUUUUUGCUAGAAAUCAUACAUUCGUUUUGUACUCUCUUGUAAACUCUUUCUUGGCGAUACAUGUAUUUAUACUUCUCUAUAAAAAUUGUGACACUUUUCAAUCCAGGUGCAAUAUGAGUUUACAAUUUUUUUUUUAUAUUAUUGGCAUUCGAAACUGUUACGUUUAUCUUUUACUAAUACGAUUUUUAUUUUUUGAUGGCAUAAACCUAUAGCAAUAAAAAAAAACGGUUGAAUGUAAUAAUGAUGAUUUAUUGCCGAAGACAGUUUCGGCAUGCGUUUGUUCAACAAUAUUUUACAAUCAAUAAUAAAUUACGCAACACCCGCAUUGCUUAUA